UAAUUAGGAAGUCACGCACCGUAAACAGGCCGAUCAACGCUGAUUCAAGACUGACUCUAGUGCUCUUCACUGUCAUGUUGCUCUGUACCCUAAUCAGUGUGCGUCACAAAACACUAGAUGAACUGGAAGCAGCUUUUCAAAAGUCACAUUAUCCAGAUGUGUUCGCUCGCGAGGAACUUGCUGUGAAGAUUAAUUUACCAGAAGCUAGGGUACAGGUGUGGUUUCAGAAUCGUAGAGCGAAGUGGCGCAAAAUGGAAAGAAAUGAUAUCAAAGUUAUGCGGCGUCAUGAAACGGGGCCUCCUUUGCAGAUACAUCAGUCCGGCCUUAUUCAAGGAUCUCCAUCAGUAUCAGCACAACCGCAAUCAACAGUGAGCCAGUUCUGCUCAAUACGAACUCUCACCCGAACAUAGUC